CGUGGAGCCCAGCAGGCUGUCUGUCUGCGGAGCGGCAAUGUGCGGCGGCGGCAGGCUGUGACCCAAGAGCGGCGGCCCUGCCUGGCUCCCGAAUGGCGGCUCGCUGAGCGGUGGCGUGGCGGGGCCGGGGUGAUGCUGCUCAAGCUCCUGCAGAGACAGACCUAUACCUGUCUCUCCCACAGGUAUGGGCUCUACGUCUGUUUCGUGGGCGUCGUUGUCACCAUCGUCUCGGCUUUCCAGUUCGGAGAGGUGGUUCUGGAAUGGAGCCGGGAUCAAUACCAUGUUUUGUUUGAUUCCUACAGAGAUAAUGUGGCUGGAAAAUCUUUUCAGAAUCGGCUCUGUCUGCCCAUGCCAAUUGAUGUGGUUUACACCUGGGUGAACGGCACAGAUCUGGACCUGCUAAAGGAGCUACAGCAAGUCAGAGAGCAGAUGGAGGAAGAGCAAAAAGCAAUGAGAGAACUCCUUGGGAAGAACACAACAGAACCAACGAAGAGGAGUGAGAAGCAGCUGGAAUGUCUGCUGACGCACUGCGUUAAGGUGCCCAUGCUCGUCCUGGACCCACCCCUGCCGGCCAGCAGCACCCUGAAGGACCUGCCGUCUCUCUAUCCAUCUUUUCAUGCUGCCAGUGACAUGUUCAAUGUUGCAAAACCGAAAAAUCCUUCUACUAAUGUCUCAGUUGUUGUUUUUGACAGUUCUAAGGAUGUUGAAGAUGCCCAUGCUGGACUGUUCAAAGGAAACAGUUUUGCCAAACAGACCAUUUGGAGGGCUUACCUGACAACAGAUAAAGAGGUCCCUGGAUUAGUGCUGAUGCAAGAUUUGGCAUUCCUGAGUGGAUUUCCACCAACGUUCAAGGAAACAAGUCAACUGAAAACAAAAUUGCCAGAAAAUCUUUCUUCUAAAAUAAAACUGCUACAGUUGUAUUCAGAGGCCAGUGUAGCUCUUCUAAAGUUGAAUAACCCCAAAGGUUUCCAAGAACUGAACAAACAAACUAAGAAGAACAUGACCAUCAAUGGAAAAGAACUGACCAUAAGCCCUGCCUAUCUGUUAUGGGAUCUGAGUGCCAUCAGCCAGUCCAAGCAGGAUGAAGAUGUGUCUGCCAGCCGCUUUGAAGAUAACGAAGAACUGAGAUACUCACUGCGAUCUAUCGAAAGGCAUGCGCCAUGGGUUCGGAAUAUUUUCAUUGUCACCAAUGGACAGAUUCCAUCCUGGCUGAACCUUGACAAUCCUCGAGUGACGAUAGUGACUCACCAGGAUGUUUUCCGAAAUGUGAGUCACUUGCCUACUUUCAGUUCACCUGCUAUUGAAAGUCACAUCCAUCGCAUCGAAGGGCUGUCACAGAAGUUUAUAUACCUAAAUGAUGAUGUCAUGUUUGGUAAGGAUGUCUGGCCAGAUGAUUUUUAUAGUCACUCCAAAGGCCAAAAGGUUUAUUUGACGUGGCCUGUGCCAAAUUGUGCUGAGGGAUGCCCUGGUUCCUGGAUUAAAGAUGGCUAUUGUGACAAGGCCUGUAAUAAUUCAGCCUGUGAUUGGGAUGGUGGUGAUUGCUCUGGGAAUAAUGGAGGGAGCCGCUACAUUGCAGGAGGUGGGGGCGCCGGGAAUCUUGGAGUGGGACAGCCCUGGCAGUUUGGUGGAGGAAUCAACAGUGUCUCUUACUGUAACCAAGGAUGUGCAAAUUCCUGGCUCGCUGAUAAGUUCUGUGACCAAGCUUGCAACGUUUUGUCCUGUGGGUUUGAUGCUGGUGACUGCGGACAAGAUCAUUUUCAUGAAUUGUAUAAAGUAACUCUUCUCCCAAACCAGACUCAUUAUGUUAUCCCAAAAGGUGAAUCCCUGCCUUAUUUCAGCUUUGCAAAAAUAGCCAAAAAAGGAAUUGAAGGUGCCUACAGUGACAAUCCAAUAAUUCGACAUGCUUCUAUUGCAAAUAAGUGGAAAACCAUCCACCUCAUAAUGAACAGUGGAAUGAACGCAACCAUAAUCCAUUUUAACCUCACAUUUCAAAGCACAAAUGAUGAAGAAUUCAAAAUCCAGAUAACAGUAGAGGUGGACACACGGGAGGUGCCAAAACUGAAUUCCACAACCCAGAAGGCUGAUGAAAGCUUGAUUAGCCCAGUAACAGCUCUUCCACAGGCAGAAAUCCUUUUUGAAGAUGUUCCCAAAGAAAAACGCUUCCCCAAAGUCAAGAGACAUGAUGUCAACACAACAGGGAGGUUCCAAGAGGAGGCAAAAAUCCCCCUAGUAAAUAUUUCACUCCUUCCAAAAGAGGCUCAGUUGAGACUGAGGAACUUGGAUUUGCAGCUGGAACAGGGGGACAUCACUUUGAAAGGAUACAAUUUAUCCAAGUCAGCCUUGCUGAGGUCUUUUCUGAGGAACUCACUGGAUACUAAAGUAAAAAGUCAAGGUGUAAGGACAGAUGAAACAAAUGACAAUUUGGAGGCUCCACCAGAAAAACUCAUUCACGAAAGCCCAGACCUCUUUGUUGCUGGUCAAAGAUUACAGAGGCCAACUUUCCUGGCAGGAACAGUAAUUGGCCAUUACCAGGAUUUGAGUCCACCCCUGGUCUUGGAGACCAAAGCAAGGGUUAAGUUGGAAACUCAGACCCGCCAUGUCUUCGGCACGAGUGUGCCCAAAGAGAAGCUCUUCUCUCCGACUGUUCCCUUGGAAGGCCACGUGAUAAAAGGAAAGCUCACAGGGAAAGAAGAGCAGAGAAAGAGAGCAGAGGGAAAUACGGAAGGCCACAUUGCUGUGAAGGAAGUAGUACCCGGAAGAAGGCUACAGCACCACAUGGGAACAUACCUGGGCUUUUUGCCUUGGGAGAAAACAAAGUAUUUCCAAGACCUUCUUGAUGAAGAAGACUCUUUGAAGACACAAUUGGCCUAUUUUACUGACAGCAAACAUACUGGGAGGCAACUAAAAGAUACAUUUGCAGAUUCACUCCGAUAUGUAAAUAAAAUUCUAAACAGCAAGUUUGGAUUCACAUCCAGGAAAGUCCCUGCACACAUGCCUCACAUGAUUGACCGGAUUGUUAUGCAAGAACUGCAAGAUAUGUUCCCUGAAGAAUUUGACAAGACAUCAUUUCACAAAGUGCGCCACUCUGAGGAUAUGCAGUUUGCCUUCUCUUAUUUUUAUUAUCUCAUGAGUGCAGUCCAGCCCUUGAAUAUUUCCCAAGUCUUUGAUGAAGUUGAUACAGACCAAUCUGGUGUCUUAUCUGAUAGAGAAAUUCGAACAUUGGCUACCAGAAUUCAUGAUCUGCCUUUAAGCUUGCAGGAUCUGACAGGUCUGGAACACAUGUUAAUAAACUGUUCAAAACUGCUUCCUGCUAAUAUCACUCAGCUAAACAAUAUUCCAGCAACUCAGGAAGCAUACUAUGAUCCCAAUCUGCCUCCAGUCACUAAAAGUCUUGUCACCAACUGUAAGCCAGUAACUGACAAAAUCCACAAAGCAUAUAAAGACAAGAACAAGUAUAGGUUUGAAAUUAUGGGAGAAGAAGAAAUCGCUUUCAAAAUGAUUCGUACCAAUGUUUCUCAUGUGGUUGGCCAAUUGGAUGAUAUAAGAAAAAACCCCAGGAAAUUUGUUUGUCUGAAUGACAACAUUGACCACAAUCAUAAAGAUGCCCAGACAGUGAAGGCUGUUCUCAGGGACUUCUAUGAAUCCAUGUUUCCCAUACCUUCCCAAUUUGAGCUGCCAAGGGAAUAUCGGAACCGUUUUCUUCAUAUGCAUGAGCUGCAGGAAUGGAGGGCAUAUCGAGACAAACUGAAGUUUUGGACCCAUUGUGUCCUAGCAACGUUGAUUAUAUUUACUAUAGUCUCAUUUUUUGCUGAACAGAACUGCUUGCUUGUCACUCACAGGAAUUGUCCACCAAGUUUAUGCACACUGGAAAGGAAGAGGUGCCUCAGUACUGAGAGCUUUAGGGUAAAUAAUGGCUUCCUACCACAGAUGAAAUAAAGUUCAGGAUUGAACAGACCUGCACUACCCUCAGGCCUCUCUCCAACUGGCAGACCUCUCCCUCCAGCAGCAUGCAGACCGUGUUCUUCUGCGGCAUGAAUGGCGCCCACUGCCCCGGAAUUAACGAGCAUUCUGAAGACUGGUGUAGAGCAGCUCUGAACUGAUUGUACUUUUGAAGCAUUUGCCCAAGGACUUGUCAA